AUGUCAAUCAUCGGGAGGAGUGCUAUUCUCAAUCUAAGAAAUUCACUAUGUUCUUUGCGUAUGAGCAAGAGAUCGUUCGUAUCUUCUCCAAUUAACCAUAGUGUAAAAGCUGUGAAGUUCUUGAAGGCCCAAAGACGAAAACAGAAAAAUGAAGCCAAGCAAGCUACUUUAAAGGCUUCGACCGAUAAAGUCGAUCCAGUUUUGGGUCGUGUUGACACCCCCUUCAUAACACGUAUUAUGGCAGAGCUAAAAGAACCACUAGUUCUGUCUAAAGGUUUCAACAUCGAAGAAGUAGACAAGUUCUUUGCGGCUAUUGAGUCAGCUAAACGUGAAAGAGCAGAGCUAUCAGGUUUAAACACAGAGGUUGUGGGUCUUGAAGACAUAGAGACUUUAGAAGCAAAACGUGAAGCUAUUUUGAGAAUAUUGAGCAUGAGAAACUCCGAGAAUAAAAACGCUAUUAAACUGGCAGUCGAACUUGCACGAAAGGAGUUUGAGAGAUUUCCAGGCGACACUGGUUCUAGUGAAGUUCAAGCAGCUUGUAUGACUGUUCGUAUCCAGAAUAUGGCAAACCAUAUAAAAGAGCAUCGUAAAGACUUUGCGAACACUAGAAAUUUGAGAAUAUUAGUUCAAGAAAGGCAGGCGAUUUUGAGAUAUUUGAAAAGGGAUAAUCCGGAGAAAUACUACUGGACCAUUCAAAAGCUGGGGCUGAACGAUGCUGCUAUAAUGGAUGAAUUCAAUAUGGAUAGACGUUAUAUGCAAGAUUAUGAAUUUUUUGGCAAUAAAGUAUUGAUAAAGGACUCUAAAAAAGUGGCAAGCCAAAAGCGUAAGGAGGUAAGAAAACAAAAAAGGGCUACAUUUUAG